AUGGAGCUGCGACGAAUCUUUCCGGCCUUGUUUACCCAAUCGGAGAACUCCCCAGCUCGCUCACGGGACGCAACUCUAUACUUGCUACGCUGCAUCUUUCUUAUGGGUGUACGCAAACCACCUGCGAAGUUCUUCAUAGCCUACAUCCUCUGGUCUUUUGCCCUGAAUUUCUGCUCCACCUUUUACCAGCCCAUUGGUUUUCUCACGGGCUACAUCAGCCAUCUGUCUGAGUUUUCGCCGGGCGAGUUUCUCACUUCGCUGCAGGUGGCUUUUAACGCUUGGUCUUGCUCCACUAAAGUGCUUAUUGUGUGGGCGCUGGUCAAGCGUUUUGACGAGGCCAACGCCAUCCUCGACGAGAUGGACAAGCGGCUCACAGAGCCCAGCGAACGACUUCAGGUUCACCGCGCAGUCUCGCUUAGCAACCGUAUAUUUUUCUUUUUCAUGGCCGUCUACAUGGUUUACGCCACUAAUACGUUCCUCUCAGCGAUUUUUAUAGGAAGGCCGCCGUAUCAAAAUUACUAUCCGUUCCUUGACUGGCGGUCCAGCAGGAUGCACCUCGCUCUGCAGGCCGGCCUGGAGUACUUCGCCAUGGCUGGCGCCUGCUUUCAGGACGUCUGUGUGGAUUGUUACCCCGUAAACUUUGUACUUGUACUGCGCGCACAUAUGUCUAUAUUUGCGGAUCGUCUUCGGUGUCUUGGCACUGAUCCUGGGGAGAGCCAGGAACAACGAUACGAGCGUUUAGUUAUGUGCAUACAAGACCACAAAGUCAUACUGCGAUUUGUCGACUGCCUGCGGCCUGUGAUUUCUGGAACAAUCUUCGUGCAGUUCUUGGUAGUGGGACUGGUCCUGGGCUUCACCCUAAUCAACAUUGUUCUGUUUGCUAACUUGGGAUCGGCCAUAGCAGCGCUGUCUUUCAUGGCCGCUGUGCUCCUGGAGACGACGCCCUUUUGUAUACUGUGCAACUAUCUUACAGAAGACUGCUACAAGCUGUCAGAUGCCCUUUUUCAGUCAAAUUGGAUCGAUGGGGAGAAGCGCUAUCAAAAUACUCUUAUGUACUUCCUGCAGAAACUACAGCAACCGAUAACAUUCAUGGCCAUGAACGUAUUUCCAAUAUCUGUGGGAACUAAUAUCAGUGUCACCAAGUUUUCGUUCUCCGUGUUUACUCUCGUAAAGCAAAUGAAUAUAGCUGAUAAACUUGCGAAAACUGAAGAGGACGGGUGA